AUGAUAUGGAAGUUGGCGGAGGCUGGAAUAAAUACUGCUCGUCUUAAUAUGUCUCAAGGAGACCAUGCAUCACACCAAAUGAUCAAUGAUUUGGUAGAGUAUAAUGCCCAGGCAAAAGACAACGUUAUCGCCAUCAUGCUUGACACCAAGGGUCCUGAGGUUGACUGGAAGUCGAUGGAUCUUUGCUACCUAGAGGAGAAAAAUUACUAUAAUCUACAAUCCAUGCUAUUCCAUCACCCAACCGAACUCAGGGCACACGAAAUACCGAAGAACUUCCGAAUUAAGAGGGUCAAAUCGUAA